AGUGUUGUAAAGAAGCCUUCAUCAGAAGCAGUACCUAUUACCUUGCAAGCAGACGAGGUAGCAAAGAGGGUCUCACCAGAGGGAGCGGUAGAUAGUGUCCCAUGGCCAGAAGACGUGGUCACGAAAAGGUCUUCGUCAGAAGCAGUCAAUGCUGGUUUUAAGUCACCAGAAGAGCAGGUAUUAAAGAGACUAGCAUCGACUGCUUCUCUCGAUGAUCUCAAGUGUGCUCAAGACAUUGUGGAGAAUACGUCUUCAUUAGAACCAGCAGAUACUGAUCCACAGUGGCAAGAAGUAGCAAAGACGCUGUCAGAAUUAGAACAUACGGAUCUUCAGAGGCCAGAAGUCAACGUGGCUCAGCUUUCUUCAUCGGAAGCAGUAGAUACUGAGCCUCAGUGGCCAGAAGUCAACGUGGCUAAGCUUUCUUCAUCGGAAGCAGUAGAUACUGAGCCUCAGUGGCCAGAAGACAACGUAACAAAGAUACCUUCAUUAGAACCAGGAACAGAUGCUGAACUGAGUGGGCAAGAUGCUAAAGUUGCAAGUACAUCUCCAUCAGAAGUGGAUAGUAACUCGCAGGAGCCAGAAGAGUGGCUUGAAGACAGGAGAUCCUGUGAAACAGUAGGACGGGAUGAUCUCAAGUCACCUGAAGACAGGGAAGCAAAGCUGCCUUCAACAGAAGCAGCGUUAGAUUCUGCCCCUCAAUUAUGUGAUGAACCGGAAGUGAGUGAACCUCUUUUGGAAGAAGUAGUUGAUACUCUUCACUUGGUUGAUGUUGAGAGGAUGUCAGUAGGAAUGCUAGAAGAUGUUGACGUCAAAUCGUCCGAACGCAGGGUAUCACAGAUGUCUUUGAAUGACAGUGACAAACCAUUGUCAGACUACGUGGUACCCGAGAGCCCUUCGGCCGAAGCAUAUUUGGACUCUUUGUCAGCAGAGGUUGAAGACAGGGUAUCUCGAAAGUCUUCAUCUCCAGCAGACCUAAGAGUUCCUCCUAAACUGUCAGAAGACAGGGUAUCCAGGAAGUCGUCCGAUGCAGAAUUUGAGGUUGUUCCUAAAUUGUCAGGAGACAGGAUAUCAAGGAGGUCUUCGUCAAAACUGUCAACAGAUGUUCCGAAAUUGUCAGAAGGCAAGAUAUCAAGGUCUUCUUCCCAGGCGGCAGAUGUUGGGAAAUUAUCAGAAGAGAGUAUAUCAAGGAGACCUUCGUCAAAAGCAGCAAGCGAAUCGACCUCGAGACUGUCAGAAGACAGAAUAUCAAGGAGGUCUUCAUCAAAAGCAGCAGUCAGUGCCACCUCUAAACUGUCAGAAGACCGGAUAUCCAGGAGAUCUUCGUCAAGACUGGUGGCAGAAGCUGACCUCAGAUUGUCCAGGAAGUCUUUAUCAGAAUCGAUAACCGAGACUGAUGAGCAGGAACUUUCAUCUGAAGCGGCAGCAGACCUUGACAAGACAUCACCGGAAGGACUUGAAAACAGGACAUCCUUUUGGAAGAGGUGGAAAAGCCAAACGAAGAUACAGCCAAUUCUGGGAAACUGUCCAAGAACCAUCAUGGACUGCAUUCGAGCAAAACCAGCUAUUCGGCCCAUUUUCAAUAAGAUCAAGUCAAUGUGGAAGACUCACUACGGCCGGAGGAAGAGCAAGAGAGUCAAAGGGAAACCCGAGCGAAUAGGCGAGAGACCGCCACUUCCAAAUGUCUUGGACGAAAGGGCAAGGGAGGAGACUCCUGUCAUCGCGUCGAUUUUAUCAGUCGAGUUACCGCUGAGUGACGACGACGAUGACGACGACGACGACGACUACGACGAGGAGCGCACAAGAAACAAAUCUGCAAAGCCAAUGGUACGCGCCCGGGACAUCCACAGCUUCUUUGAGAACAUGUUUAAAAAUGAAUUUUCCAAAAAGUUAGAAACAUCCCUGAAAAGGGGUCUCUUGGACGUCGUUAAUGAUUAUUUCCCUGAAAAAGGCUUGCCGGGCACUGCGGAUAAAUUGUCAAAGCAGGAACAAGAGCUUAAGAAAAAAUCCCCGCAGCUUUAAUGGCAACCCGACAGUACUUGU